CGCGCAUUGCCAUCGCCAUUCUGCUCGCGACCCGAUCGAGUAGUGUCGCGACACGGCCACGUCUCACGAAGCUGCGGACUUGGCAAGAGGGGUCAGAAGAACCUGGAGAGCCUCGGCGCGUGAUCGGAGUGCUUCGCUAUUCUUUGCACGUGCACGACGACUGCGGCUGCCAUGGCAUCGCGCCGCAGCAACGCCACGGCGACAAGGGCCAAAGCUGGUGGCACCACGAGCAACAGCGAGGUCGAGGACACCUUUCUUUCGCUGCACCAGCGCGAGGGCGUCGUGGGUGUGAUCGCCACCACGGCCGACGGGGCGGUCAUCAAGUCAACGCUGAAGGACGCCCAGGAGACCACCCACUACGCGCUACUCGCCGCGGGCGUCUGCAGGGAAGCCAACAGCAGCGCCGGGAAGCUGCCCUCGUUCUUGAAGAUGAAGACUGGUGAGCGCGAGAUCCUCAUCACUCCCAGCAAGAAGUACACGCUCAUCGCGGUCACCAAGAUCUCGAAUCCUUCCGCGGACGCCACUCAAUAAAGCGUCAACGCUGCUAGCAGCGACCCACCCUUUG